UGGGUAGUCGAAGCUCGUGUCGCUGUCAGUACGCGGAGUCACAAGGUUUGCCUGCCUGGCAUUGUUGGGUACCGACGCUCAUGAUUUGGAGCUUUUACAGAAAUUGAUGAAUACCCCCUGCAUGCUUAUCGCAUGGAUUGAAAGCCACGAUCCUCAUGUGAAAGAGGGGAAGAUCCAGAACAGAGCCGCUUUCUCGAAUCCUGACACCCAUACAACUCCUGACAUUACCCAUUUCAAGUGUCACCGAAACACUGUCAGAAGACUUGAGCCAUGCCCUGCGUUCAGGCUCAGUAUGGAUCAUCACCUCAAGGAGCUAGUCCUGCUUCCCAGAGCUACAGCUACCACACCGCAGGAGAAUACAGCUGCGACUUCUUAACACCUGAGUUUGUUAAGUUUAGCAUGGACUUGACCAACACUGAGAUCACGGCUACUACUUCUCUCCCGAGUUUCAGUACAUUCAUGGACAACUAUAACACCAGUUACGACGUUAAACCGCCCUGUCUGUAUCAGAUGCCCCACUCUGGAGAGCAGUCCUCUAUCAAGGUGGAGGACGUCCAGAUGCACAACUACCAUCAGCAGAGCCACCUGCCACCCCAGUCGGAAGAAAUGAUGGCUCACUCUGGGCCUAUGUACUUCAAACCCUCCUCACCUCAUGCCCCGAGCACACCAAACUUCCAGGUUCAGCCCAAUCACAUGUGGGAGGACCCUGGAUCCCUCCACAGUUUCCACCAGAACUAUGUUGCGGCCACGUCUCAUAUGAUGGACCAGCGCAAGAAUCCGGUGUCAAGGCUUUCACUCUUCUCCUUCAAGCAGUCCCCGCCUGGUACUCCUGUUUCCAGCUGUCAGAUGCGGUUCGAUGGGCCGCUACACGUCUCCAUGAACCACGACAACCCGGGCGUGCACCGCGGCCUGGACGGCCAGAGCUUUGCGGUGCCCAGCGCCAUACGGAAACAGGCUGGUCUGGCCUUUCCUCACUCCCUGCAGCUCGGCCACGGGCACCAGCUGGUGGACAGCCAAGUGCCAUCGCCCCCGUCCCGAGGAUCUCCGUCAAACGAGGGUCUGUGUGCGGUCUGUGGGGACAACGCAGCCUGCCAGCAUUAUGGAGUGAGAACCUGCGAGGGCUGCAAAGGAUUUUUCAAGCGCACCGUUCAGAAAAAUGCAAAAUACGUGUGUUUAGCAAAUAAAAACUGCCCUGUUGACAAACGCCGAAGAAAUCGUUGCCAGUUCUGCCGUUUCCAGAAGUGCAUUGUCGUCGGAAUGGUGAGAGAAGUUGUCCGAACGGAUAAUCUGAAAGGUCGGAGAGGACGUCUACCAUCCAAACCCAAAAGUCCCCAGGAGCCCUCCCCACCCUCGCCGCCGGUGAGCCUCAUAAGCGCACUUGUUAGGGCCCAUGUGGACUCCAACCCCUCCAUGUCUGCUUUGGACUACUCCAGAUUCCAGGCUAACCCUGACUACCAAAUGGCUGGAGACAACACUCAGCACAUCCAGCAGUUCUAUGAUCUCCUGACGGGCUCCAUGGAGAUCAUCCGGGGCUGGGCGGAGAAGAUCCCUGGCUUUUCUGAUCUACCGAAGCAAGAUCAAGAUCUCCUCUUUGAAUCCGCCUUCCUGGAACUUUUUGUCCUGCGGCUGGCAUACAGGUCCAACCCAGUGGAAGGCAAACUUAUUUUUUGUAAUGGAGUGGUGCUACACAGGCUACAGUGCGUCCGUGGAUUUGGAGAGUGGGUGGACGCUAUCGUGGAGUUUUCUUCCAACUUGCAGAGCAUGAACAUAGACAUCUCAGCUUUCUCCUGCAUCGCAGCUCUGGCCAUGGUAACAGAGCGACACGGGCUCAAGGAACCCAAGAGAGUCGAGGAUCUCCAAAACAAGAUAGUCAACUGCCUCAAGGAUCAAGUGACAUUCAAUGGCGGUGGAUUGAAUCGUCCCAACUACUUGUCAAAACUCUUGGGAAAGCUCCCUGAACUGCGCACACUAUGUACUCAAGGUCUGCAGCGUAUCUUUUACCUAAAACUAGAAGAUCUAGUCCCUCCGCCAGCAAUAAUUGACAAACUUUUCCUCGACACCCUACCUUUCUGAGUCUGACUCGAUGGAGAGACCUCAAAGAACUUCCAAAAAGACUGUUUGAGUCAGACUUGACAGAUUUUUAACGCUAUUAUUUCUGAAUAUUUGCAAGCUCCGUAGGCUAAUAGAACAACAUUACACUAUUUAUGAGUAAGGAUUCAUGAAAAAAAAGGGGAAAAAAAGAAUAACAAGAGGAAGGGACAGAAAGUUUGAUUGUUCUGUAGGCCUUUUUAAUUCAUUGAAAUUGUUUUCUCGAGUGCCAAACGAGUGAAUCAUCCGGGGGAAUUUCUCUCCAGUGGACAAAUUGUCAACAAAGUUAAUCCGGUCUUGCAAUCACUUACUGUUUUAUUUAACAUCGGCUCUACUGAUUCAGCAUACUCAGAUGUAAUAUAUUCCAUUUAUAUAUAUGGACACACACGCACACACGCACACACACACACACACACACACACACACACACACACACACACACUGUAUAUUAUAAUAGAUUAUGUGAUGCCUCCAAUGCAUCGGUUUAUAACAUGUGUACAAAGUUUGUUAUAAUGAAAAGAUUUAAUUUUCUUUUCUUUUCUGACUCGUGCCUAUGUGUUUCUGACAGGAUCCCAAAAAGUAUCCAGAAAAGACAACGCAUGUUCUAGUUUUUCUUUUUUUUUCUUUCUUUUAUAGGCACUUGCUGAGGUGAUGUCUAUAUAUAAUAUAUACCGGACACUAUGUAGUCUGCUAGAUUUGAUACAGAUUCGUAGUUAUGGCACUCCUUUUAUGUAUGACGCAUAUGUGGAAAAAUAUCUCAUCUGUAUAGAAAAUGAGGGACCCAUGGUGUUUGUAAAACUGUCAGACAUUCCUUGUUUGUAUGUGCUGUAAGUAUUGUUGCUGUUGAAUAUAAACGUUUCUAUAUAUUUAUUAUUUCUAUUGCCAAGAGCUACACUAAGCAUGGUGCAAUUUAAACGAUUUCAAACCAUCCAAGUUCAUGCUGAGCACGUUGUCUAUGUUUUAUGUCUUAUAAACGUCUAGGUAGUUAUGAUUUAACACGUUUUGGAAAUGAAAAACUCCAUCCUUAUAUCAAGAGGUUCAUGAGUGUGUGAUAUAGGCCCACAUCUUUGACAUCAUGAUGUACUUACAACUUCUGUAACGCAUUUGGUGCCGGAUUCAAAAACUUUAGAGAGAAAGAAAUAUUUAAUGUUUACAAAUAAAACUUUUAAAUCAA